AUGCCGAUGCAAUUUGCCUCAGAACAGCGUGAUGUUAAGAAAAGAAAAAUUGGACGCCCACAAGGCAAAGAAAAAAAUGACGCUUUUCUCAAAGUGGCGAGAUUUCUUCAGGAAAAUGACGUCGAGCAAAUAACUGUUGUUGAUUUAGUUGAAAAAAUGGAAGAGUAUCUCGGUGACUCAGCCAGUACCGCAUACAGCUGUACGCACAUGAAGGCGAGGUUACAGGAACACUUCGGUGACCAAAUCAUUAUAACCGAAAUCAAUCGAAAGCAAAAUGUUGUAACAUUUAGAAGCACUGUGGCCAAUAUUCUACAUGACUUUCAUGCACAGCCAAAGAAUGUUGAUCUGGAAACAGAAAAGCUGAAUAUAAUCCGAACCGCUUUGAGGCUGAUCAAGAGCGACAUAAAAUUGAUUAAAACAUCAAAUGAUAUCUACCCUUUGAUCGAAACAGAAGCUGAGAUGAACGCAAACUUUCUACCCCAGACACUGAAGCUUUUGCUAGAGGGUAUCCUGGCUAGUAAAGAUGACGUGAAGGUAGCAUCGAUUGGACAGGCCAUCAUCCAAGCUGCGCAACCUCAAGUGAUUCUAGCGCCUUUACAAGUUGGUUUAUCGGUACAGCUCCAUCAUCACUUCACCUCACGUUUUCUGAUAGAUACUCUCCAUCGCCUUGGCUUUUGUUCUUCUUACCAAGAAGCACAGCUUUUUAACCAGAAUGCAGCCCUGGACCAGGGAACUGAUAUCCCAGAUUAUAAUGGAGAGUUUGUACAGUACAUAGCGGACAAUGUCGACCAUAAUGUACAAAUCCUUGACGGUAACGACACCUUUCAUGGCAUGUGCAUGAUUGCUACUGUUACCCCUGGCACUAAACCAUCUAGUUGUGUCCCGAGACGAAAAGUUAGUCCCCAAAAUAUCUCAGCAUCAGGAAAAGUUGACAUCCAUCCGCCAUCUGAGCCAGGACUAGCACAAGCAGAAAUAAAGUACAAUGACAUAGUGGUUGCAAGAGCACUAGAUCCCACAGCGAAUUUGGACGUACUAUGGAAGACGUCUCUGCUGUUUAACACUAUGCGUCCAGCUUGGGCUGGAAUGAUGCAGGUUAUCCACCAGGGUAACCACAAAGGGAAGUCAUCUAUAACCUAUGAUCGAUAUGAACCCAAGUGA